AUGUAUUGGGAGAAGAGAAGGAAAAACAACGAGGCUGCUAAAAGAUCACGAGAGAAACGCAGGCUGAAUGACAUGGUUUUAGAAAAUAAACUUCUUGCACUGGGAGAGGAGAAUGCUAACCUGAAAACUGAACUGCUGUCUUUAAAACUUAAGUUUGGUUUAAUAAGUUCUGCAUCAUAUGCUCAAGAGAUACAAAAGGUUACAAGUGGCACAGCUGUAUAUUUUCAGGAGUACGCAACUGCCAAAUCCAAUGUACGAUCUUUCUCAGGAGAUCAUGAACACGAACACCCUCUCAUGACCAGUAGCUGCAUUUCUGUAAUCAAGCACUCCCCUCAGAGUUCUCUGUCAGAUGCAUCUGAGACAUCCUGCAGAACGCCAGAAAUGAAGUUCCAAAGGAUAAAGCAGGAACCCUUAGAGAUAGAGACUUUUCCUCGGGAAUCUAGAGAGGAAAACCCUUCCUACACCCCAUCUAUUUAUCAGAACUUUAUUAGAAGCACAUUUCCUAGUUAUUCCCAUUCUCCUCCUCUACUGCAAAUCAACAGUUCCUCCAGUAACUCUCCAAGGACAUCAGAGACUGAUGAGGGUGUGGUGGGAAAAACUUCUGAUGGGGAGGAUGAGCAGCAGGUUCCUAAAGGUCCAAUUCAUUCCCCUGUUGAACUAAAAAAUGGUCAUACAACAGUUAUAAAAGUUCCUGAAGUGAAUUCCUCUGCACUGCCACACAAACUGCGAAUUAAGACUAAAGCUAUGCAGGUCAAAGCGGAAACACUGGAGAAUGAGCUUGCUGCCACACAAAAACUGCCCUUGCCAAUUGACAUGUCCUCAAAAAAGCACUUUCCACUCGAAAACCAUAAUGGUGAAAAUGUGGUACAUACAUCUUUGUCCCCUUUAUCAGUUCAAGUGACUAAUAUGCCAGACUGGCCUAUUAAAUCAGGACAGUGGCACCAUAAGGAACUUGAUAAAAUCCCAGAUAUUUGCAAAACUGCUGGAAUUGUCGGUAUGACAGACAAUGUUUACAAGGCUUCUGAGCCAGAAAGCUUGUAUUUAAAACGAGGUAUUGCAAAUUUAUCUGCUGAGGUUGCCACUCUGAAAAGACUUAUAGUUGCUCAAGAAAUCUGUACUUCAGAUUCCAGCUAA